GAAAACUCAAAAUAUAUUCUAAUUUUGUUUUGACAGGUAUAAUUACAAAUAUUUACGGCGUAAUUGCAAUUUAAGCAUUAUUAGCAGAUUGCAAUAGCAACAACAGUAUUACAAAAGUAAACUUGUAACUCUUCAAAACUACAAGAUGUCAAUGCAAGAAGAACGCAAUGCAGGCCACCAAUUAGUGAACUUUAAAUCUUCCCGGAUGGAAGAAAUAUUGCUAACCUUAGCUGACGCAUACAAAAUCCAGAUAGUGUGGGAUGGUAAAACAGCCCUAAUUACUGGUGUUUGCAUGUUAGCUGGUGGUGUCCUGGGGGGCUACAAUGGUGGCAAGAUGGGAGCUGCAAUUGGUGCCAGUAUCGGCGGAGUCACUGGAUAUGGAGUAGCAAGAUUGGUAUCGCUCAGAGAUAUUUGGGGCACCGUAAAAGAACAAUUGACAGAACUCCUUUUCAUAGUGUUCAACUUUUUAAGAAGACUUGACCUAGAUUAUGCUACGGCCAUUGAUAUCCUAAUGACAUGUACUUCAAGUCGACGAGAACUGGUUUACACAAUUAUAGCAUUUAUCGCUGAGAGGUUAGGGAAGGAAGUAAUUUCUAGCUUAACAGCGGCUUGAUGCCUAAUUUCUAUUAAAUAGUGACAAUUUUAUGUAGAUAUAGUCAACUAGCGAUUCCCCGCAUUAUGUGAAAUUUAUAGAAUGUGCCUUAAAAACCUUUGACGGCCUCUGUGGCGAAGCGGUAGUACACUUGUCUAUGACACCAGAGGUCCCGAGUUCGAAUCUCAGCCAGGGCAUAAUGAGAAAAGGACUUUUUCUGAUUGGCCUGGGUUUUGGAUGUUCAUCUAUACGUAUAAGUAUUUAUUAUAAAAUAUAGUAUCGUUGAGUUAGUAUCCCGUAAGACAAGUCUCGCACUUACUUCGAGGCUAACACAAUCUGUGUAAUUUGUCCCGUAUAUAUUUAUUAUUAUUAGACGUUCAAUCAUUAUUAUAUGAACAUUUUUUUUUAAAUGAAUUUGUUUUUGCUAUGAUGAGACGCGACGUAUAUUAUUUGUUAUGUUUUGUUUUGUUAAAUGAUACAAAUGCUUCAAUUGGUUGUGACAACCGUCCUUUUUCUUUAAUUUAAAAACAUGAAACUAAAAUUAAAAAAAAAAAAAUUAAAAAGUAUUCACCUGUGUGGCAUAUUUUUUUAUCAUAUAACGUAGUUUUGUUUUAUUUAGAAGAGUUCUUUAUAGCGUAUGUUGUGUUAAAGUUCAUAUUGUAGGCGAUCCUAAGUUUUCAGGAUCAACAAAACAACAUUUUUAUCACCAGUAUUGUUAGACCAAUCAAAAUCUUAUAGGGAUUAAUUGUCUAUGUGUAAUUAUUAGUUUCCAUAAUACGACUUAAUUUGAGACAAGCCGUUUAUUACGGCGAAUUUAAAAUUGGUACAUUAUUGUUAUUUUUUUUAAAUAAUUAAUCUAUGUGCUUUUGCUUCAUACGUUUGACCGGCAGUGACCGAGAUGAGAAUAUAUAUUAUUUUUUUAAUUAUAUGGCUGUUUUGCCAUGUAAGUUUUUAAUAUUGUCCGCGGGACACUAAAUAUUGUAUACCUACCUACUACAUAUCAAUGACAAUCAAUGAGGGUGAUGUAGUUUUAUCGGAGCCCAAUAAUUAGGAAAGAUGCUUUAAUUUUGGUUUCAGGGUUGAAUAAAUAUAUAAUUUUGU